AUGCUGGUGGCGCGCGAGAACCGCGGCCGGCGCGGCGUCGAGUCCGUCUCCCCCCCGCCCGCUGCACAGCACGUCACACUCCGCUACAGCGCUACAGCGGCGGACGCUACAGCGCUACAGCGCUACAGCGCUACAACGCCACACCGCCGCAGCGCUGCAGCGCUACAGCGCCACACCGCUGCACCGACCCACCACUACGCACCGCGCACCACCUCGUUAUGCUUUGAGUUGAGUCCAAUAUCUUUCCAUUUACGAUUUAAAUCAAUUAUCCAUAUACGGGAGUGGUACAGUUCGUGGUGGUGA